AUGCAGCUGUUCCACCGCGACCGGAAAGCUUCAAGCCCCAAAAGGUGGUCCUUGUUCCUCGAAAAACCAAAUCAUCAUUCUGAUCAGCAAUUCCAAGAUCCAGUCAGCUUCUACAACAGCUUACAAACCAACGGCAACACCGCCGGCAACCGAGUCAGUGUGUUGAGUACGAUCUCAGCACCCGCUGUACCCCGGACAAAGAACACUUUCUCGAAUUCGAAUUCCAAGGGGAAGUCAAAGGCAAAGUCCAUAUCUAAACGAUUAUCGUUAAAGUUUGGGCUAAAUUUAUCCUCACACGGAGGGGCUGCUGGUACUCCGUCCUGGUGGAAGUCGUCUGGUUCUCAAGCACAAGGCCAAGGAGAACCGAUAACUACUUCUGAGGAUUUCUAUAAUCCGAAUAUAGACUUGGAUAGUUUUGAACAUAUCGAGGAUAUAUAUAACCACUCUGCUAGGGGUGUUCCGGGAACUCGUUCUUCGCAGCUUUAUCUACAGCAGAAUUCGCAUCUGCGGGCGGGUGUACUCAACAAGAGACACUCGAUCGCUGUUAGCCCGAGUUCUUACAAUUAUAACGAAAAGAUGGCAGCCUCGAAACAAAGGGAAAACACCAUGGCAGAGUUUUUAAGGAUGAUUGAUCCUGAAGAUUCAAGAUCCCACAUGACCUCGCCCUCUCCGUACCUCCAACACCAAGACAACUCGAUCAACUCUUUUCUCCAAGAAUUCUCAUCCGAAAACUUCGAAAACCCACCAGAGACUGACGGAAAACGCCCAGUAUCACCGGAGGGGAAAACUCGAAGCAGACCCUUGACACCAAGCCUGGAUGAUGGGUUUGAUUUCAGAUGUUUAAAUAUAACACCGGAACCAGUGUUAGGAACACCGAAUGGGAGGUCAUUCCAAGUUGAUAGCCCGCCGCCGUAUAACUCUUGGAGUAUGGAUGAAAGUAACAAACAUGAUACUGAAGGGGACGGUGAAGCCUCGACAUCUCGAGCGUUGGAUGAUGAAGAGGGUGUUACACAAAGAGGACUAUUACCCUGGUAUAAUGAUGUAUCAGGAAACAGAGCGUCUUUCCACUCAUUGGAUGAGUUACAACCGCCGUCAUAUCCUUCGCUCGGAGUAGAAACUCCAGAGAGAUAUACAUGGGCAGGGGAUGGAAAGGACGAGAGUAUUUGGAAAAGAUUUGUGGGAAAUCCAGAAGACCAGGAGGCAGUGGAUAUCUUGAAACAGGCGGAGGUGGAGGCCUUUAGAAGUGGACAUUCUAGGAGGCGGGACGGCGUUGUUUUCUCUGGUAGGAGGAGAGAUAGCGCUAGCGAAGACAGCAAUGAGAAUUUUGUAAGGCCUCGGAGAGACACCGGGGCUUGGUGGAAUGAUAGAGAUAGCCGAAACUCGAGGAUUCAAAAUGACGCUAACGAGUCAGGAUCGGUUACAGAAGACGGGCCUGAUGAAGAGCAAUCUGCAACUGUUGCCUUUGCUGCUACGGAGGCACCAAGCAAUGACGUGGAAGUACCCACUCUGGCGCCCCCACUGGAAAUUGAGGAUAUCCUGCAGGAAGAAAUGGCAUAUACUGCCUCUGAAGAAGGGGAGAUCUCAGGUCCUCUCUUUUUGCCGAGCGAACUGGGAUCGGACUCUCCUGUUGGUGUUUGUGGAAUUUGUGGUACAGAUCUACAUUACCAUGAGGGUGAAGCGUCUGUGGAUUGGUACAUGACACUCAAGAACCACUUCGAGGUCGCCCACGGGAGUUGGGCGGCGAGAAUGCCGGAUUGGUUCGGAAACUCGUCUGCCACACUACAGGAGACAGAGUUGUCUGAGCCGGUGGAGAUGGAUCUUGAUUCUAAUUUGGAGACUACCGCAGACACUGACUCACAAAAAGGAAAGGCCAACAACCCCGAGCAGAAAUUACCUGAACCACCACAGGGUCUUGAAAGCGAUAAGGCGGUCACCCAGCAUGAAUGCCCACUCCCUAAUUGCAUGGAGUCAUUUACCAUGUUCCAAGAUCUCAAUCUUCAUAUCUUUGAACGCCACGGGAUGCGAGGAACACCGCUCGGACUCGACACCUCUAAAGCCAGCGCCAACAGCAAUCCGCAGCGAUCCCAGGCGGGAAAGCAUUAUUCCAAAGGAUUUCAGUGCCCAACAUUUGCCUGCAAUUCUUGGUUUGCUACUUAUGAUGAACGCGAGAAGCAUGCUUCAACAUGCCAUGGGAUUAAGUCGCGGCCGUUCGCAGCCGAGAUUAGCCCCCUAGAAGAUGUUCAAGGAGCAAUCAACGAAAUUUUCGGAUCCGGUUCGGUAGCCGAUGGCAAUGCUGAGCUUGACGAUUACCCCUUAUACCAUCUCAAGCGCUUCGGCGACCCAAGUCAACCGUACUUGGAGCCGUUCAAAACAACCGAUGAAGCCAAGUCCUCUGAAUUCAAGCAACUAUGGCAGGGGUUUUCAACUUCGAUUAAAAUGGAAGAGGAUAUCAAAAUGGGGGAAUCUAGCUCCUCUUCUUAUGGACAGUUGGAUGUCUUUUCGGCUUCCGAUUCCACACAGCAAAAACAGAGUACCGUCGUGCCGGGGCCUUUCAAUAACCUUGGUGGGGAUGACCAGUUAUUUAAUCAAACUAUGACCGAGCUUCUCAAGGUUGUUCAGCAGACUUGCGACAGUGGUUCUUCUAGUUCGGAAGAUGCUUUCGAUGUUCAUAAAUGGUUGCAAAACUAUUUAGAUAUCAUCGGACCAGACGCAGCGGAGGCGCUAGUUUCGUCUCGUCCAACCUACUAUGAGAAUAUGGCUACGGAUACGGAUACUGCCGCUUGGGUACAAAAGGUACAGGGUGAGCUGGCACGUUUUAUACCCGCGGGUUCUAAGAAGGGUAAAGAACGGGCCAUAGAGUAUCGGUCCCAGCCGGCUUUUAAUGGUCCAAACCCCGCUACUACCGAUCCCAAACACCUUGAACUUCGGGAUCCUCAAGCCGAGGAGGUCUCUCGAGUGAAGCUAGCCUCAAUGAACACCCGCUUCCUCACAGCAGCGAAUAAGGCGUACGAAAAGCUUCAAGCUGGUACGAUGCGUACGAACGCCUCCAGCGAGUUCAAACAGUUUGUCGCAUCUCUUCGCAGUGUAUCCGAUAUCAUAGAAGUCGGUAUGGACGUGGUUGACAUGAUCCUUGCUGGAGAUGUCCCUCGCUCCUUAAAAAUGGUUUACUGCUUCCUUCAUGUCGCGUACGCAAUCUCACAAUCUGAGUCCCUCUCGCCUGAAAAGUCAAACAUUCUGGAAUUUCAAGCAGGUCUUUCUGUAUUCCGGUCUUGCCUCCCAGAAAUUUCAGAGAUUCCGGGGAUGCCAAGUGAAAGGGAUAUCUUUGAUGAAAUUGCUUCUGUUAUGUGGGAGGAGUUAGAAUUUGCGCUUAAGUGGAUCGAGACUUGGGAUGGUAAUGGGGCGUUGAACAAAGUGGGUUGCACAGUGAACGAAGUUGAAGGUCUCAAGGAUUUCAUGAGGAAUCAUUGCGAAACUCAGCAUGACAGUGAAGACACCGAGAUGACGAUCGAUCCAAAGCUAUUGUGCAUUGGAGGUGGCACUGAAACACAGCCCUCUGAGGGGAGAGAAGAAACAUCGCAAGUCUUGUCUUCGUGGGAGGAUGUGAUCCAGUGCGGUGUAUUCGCUAUACUAGUGCGGUGGCUGAAAGAACUUAAGGAAACUGGAGUGAUAUUCGCGUACUUGUGCGGGAGUCUAUGCACCUCCCUUGCCUCGAGCUUCAAGAAGCGAGCACGAAUCAAAUUUAAAGAUAGGGCCGUUUCCGCAGAGCCAACCCAACUGGAGUUCCAUCUCCAACGAGACGUUGUGUCGCAUUUGAAUAGCUACAACUAUUCUGGUGGAAGUAGCGUGACUUCUAGCGCAAUCUCUAUGCUCAAGCAAGGUUACAUAUCUACUAUCCGGGAAUUUGAGAACCACAUGGUCAAUCUCGCUCGUGUCCGCCGAAGGACCCAAGAAGAGUUGUAUGCAUUCGUCUAUGCCAUUGUAUGGCAUUGCAAUUCAUGUGCGACUUUCGUUCCCGACAGUCUUUGGGGCGCUUGUCGGAGUCCUGAAGAUGUGGAUUAUAGUCUGCAGUAUGUGGAUCAGAGGGUUCGACGAGAGCUGUGUUGGUUUUCAGAGGAUAGGGUCGAGGAGGAGCCAACAACCGUUGGCCAUGUCUCGCUUCCGGAGAACUUGGGAGUGCCGAUUGACGAAUUCAAAGACGUUUCAAUGGAAGAUCUCUCCCCACAGAAAACGAACUUCAGCACCUGCACCAUCGACAACCUUUUACUACCACCAAGUCCACAAAAGGUGGUUGCACAAGAAAAUUCCCCACCUUAUAGCACAGCUUCCUCCAGCUCACCAAAUAACUACGACAGCAUGUGGGAGAACUCUCCGAGAGGUCAUCAGGGCAGUGAAACGAGUUUUAGUAACCCGAAUAGUACCAACAUUACGCCCGACGAACUUUAUACCAACCCGAGCAGGGCCAACGCCGGCAGUUUCCCAACAGAUUAUUUCUCUUAUUCUAGACCGCAAGUUCCUGCAGUGCCGACAGUUAUCAAACCCCAACCAGCUGCCAGUGUACAGGAAGGCAAAGCAUCGAAGUCGAGAAAGAGGAAGUAUCUUGAGGGUGAUGGAGCCACUUCAUUCCCUGCCAGACGGCGAAAAGUUGUUCCAACAACGGGAAAAAGAUUGUACUGUGAUGUUCCUGGGUGUGAGGAGUUUGCGUCUACGUCUAGUAAUCUUAGUAGACAUAAAAGGACGAAGCAUGGAAAUUUAGCGACUAGAGAAGCAAGUUACCAUUGCGAGAAUCGUGGGUGCGAUCGUGUCUUCUACGGCCCAAGAGGAAAAGGAAAUUUAAAGACACACAUGCGAAAAGACCACGGGGUCUAG